AUAACAACACAACACCUACCCUUCCAACUUCUUAGUUUAAAAAUCUCCCUUUUCUCUCAUUUCUUCCACCACUUCACCUCAUUCCUUGAUUCCUCCAUACACAUAAUUCAUAAACAAUUCGAAAAAAAGAACCGAGAAACUAAAAGAUGGUGAACUUGGUAGCAGCACAAAAGCCAUUGUUACAUGGCCUAAUGAAACUGGCCGGAAUAAAACCUCAUAGUAUACAAAUAGAACCAGGAACCAUUAUGAGCUUUUGGGUUCCUUCUGAAACCAUAAUACAAAAAACAAAGAAAAACAAGAAAAGCACAACCACUACUCCUUUCUCCAACAAUCAAUGUGCCAUUUCCCCUAAAUCCACAACCAAACCUGACCCAAACAAACCCGUAGUCGUACUAAUCCACGGCUUCGCUGGUGAGGGAAUCGUCACGUGGCAAUUUCAAAUAGGUGCAUUAACUAAAAAAUACUCCGUUUACGUACCUGACUUACUUUUCUUCGGGAAUUCAAUAACCGAUAAAUCAGACCGAUCACCGGGUUUUCAAGCGGAGUGUUUGGGAAAAGGUUUAAGGAAACUGGGAGUGGAGAAAUGCAUAGUGGUUGCGUUCAGUUAUGGAGGAAUGGUGGCAUUUAAGAUGGCGGAAAUGUUUCCAGAUUUAGUGGAAGCACUAGUUGUAUCUGGUUCCAUAUUGGCGAUGACUGAUUCGAUUAGUACGACGACGCUUAAUGGAUUGGGGUUUUCGUCUUCUUCAGAGCUGUUGAUGCCUACUUCUGUUAAGGGACUCAAGGCACUGCUCAAAGUUGCUGCUUAUAAGAAGCUUUGGUUCCCUGAUCGCCUUCAUAAAGAUUUUCUCGAGGUCAUGUUCACCAACAGAAAGGAGAGAGGAGAGCUGCUAGAAGGCUUGGUGGUGAGCAACAAAGAAGCAACUAUUCCAAAUUUUCCACAGAGAAUACAUCUCCUCUGGGGUGAGAAUGAUCAAAUUUUCAAUUUGGAGCUUGCUCAGAACAUGAAACAUCAACUAGGUGAAAGGACUACAUUUCAUGGCAUAGACAAGGCUGGCCAUCUGGUUCACCUAGAACGGCCUUGCGUUUACAACAAGUGUCUCAAGCAGUUCCUUACUUCCCUGCAUGCAGAAAAAGUUCAGAAGUGAAGGACGUACCACAGAGUUCACCAUCUAAUAUCAUGUAACUUUUUGUCUAUGGAAAAGAAAAAAACUUCGUCUUUUCUCCGUAAUAUUAGUUACUAUGUAACUUGGGGUUCAGAAUUUGAAAUUGCUGUCUUAGUACAAAUAUAUACAGAUCGAUAUAUAUUGCAAAUUGCA